AUGGUGCUGCUCACCCACCUCCUGGCCUGCGUCUUUGGCACCGGCUCCUGGGUCGCCAUCAACGGGUUGUGGGUUGAGCUCCCGCUGCUGGUGACGACGCUGCCUGAGCAAUGGGACCUGCCCUCCUACAUCACCAUCAUCAUCCAGAUGGCCAACGUGGGGCCGCUCUUUGUCACUCUCAUGCACCGCUUCCGGCCCGGCGCGCUCAAGGAGGUGGCCGUCAUCUACGUGAUCGUGUCCACAGGCAUCCUGUCCUGUGUGCUGCUGGCCUUCCUGUGGAGCCACACGUCCCCCAUCGCUGGUGUGCCCCACAGCACCGCCUUCUUGGUGCUCACCUUCUUCCUCUCGCUUGUGGACUGCACCUCGUCCGUCACCUUCCUGCCCUUCAUGAUGCAGCUGCAGCCCCAGUAUCUGACCACCUUCUUCAUAGGCGAAGGGCUCAGUGGUUUGAUCCCCGCCGUUAUCGCGUUGGGCCAGGGCUCCGGCAUCUCCAAGUGCGUCAACGUCACCCACGUGGUCAACAUCACCUCUGGCAACGAGACCACGGAGGGCAGCAUCUCCCAGAUGGAGACCCGCUACCUCCCUGCCAACUUCCCCCCCUUCCUGUUCUUCCUCCUCAUGGCAGUGAUGAUGGUGGCCUGCUUGGUGGCCUUCUUCUUCCUCAGCAGGCAGCCCAAGGUGUGGGAGCUCUCGCAGCAGCAGCUCUUCCCCAGCAGCGUCACCCUGAGCUCCUUUGACCGUCUCCCUGAGGAUGGAGCUGGCUCCGGGGACCGAGGCAGCUGCCCGUGCCCAAAGGACACUGGGCAGCCCAGGGAGGCCCAGCUAGAGAAGGUCUCCUUCUCUGUGGCCAAGCUGGCCUUCAUCUACUUCCUCAUCGCCUGGACGAACUCCCUGACGAACGGGAUCCUGCCGUCCGUGCAGUCCUACUCCUGCCUGCCCUACGGCAACACGGCCUACCACCUCUCGGCCACGCUCAGCUCCAUGGCCAACCCCCUCGCCUGCAUCAUUGCCAUGUUCCUGCCCGGCAGGUCCCUGGUGCUGCUGGGCGCGCUGGCGGCGGCGGGGACAGCCUUCGGCGCCUACAACAUGGCCAUCGCGGCGAUGAGCCCCUGCCCGCUCCUGCAGCAGUCCCCGUGGGGCGACGUCGUCAUCGUGCUCUCCUGGGUGCUCUUCACCGGGACGCUCUCCUACGUGAAGGUGAUGGCCGGCGUGAUCCUGCGGAGCCGCAGCCGCGGCGCCCUGCUCUGCUACGGGGCCAUGGAGCAGCUGGGCUCGCUGCUCGGCGCCGUCCUCAUGUUCCCCCUCGUCAACGUCUACGGCUUCUUCCAGUCCGCCGACUACUGCAACCUGCAGUGCCCGGUGUGA